UCGAGUUUCUCGGCCAAAGAAAAACAAAGACAGCUCUUUCUCUCUCUCGCGCUUGCUUUUGUUUUUAGCUUUCUGCUUGAAUGGAGGGGCCUUAAAAAUAUUCUCUCUGCGUUGCGUCGUCCCCUGCUUUUCCUACAGUUUGUUAACGCAAAGCUCUGAAUCUUCAUCUUCUUUUAAGCUAUCUUUUCUUGUUGCUGCUCUUGAUAAACUGAUCUUCAGAUUUUAGCGGCAUUGUACAAAAAAUUUAACUUGAUGUCUCCACCACUGUUGGGGGUUGAGGGGCAAGAUCAGUGUAAUGUCUCUUUGAUGGCUUCUUCCGCAUCCGUAGACACUGUUUCUCAGAAUGGCUUGGGUUUGAAAGAACGCAACUAUCUCGGAUUGUCUGAUUGUUCUUCGGUGGACAGCUCUGGAGUCUCAAGUGUGCCUGAGGAAAACAAGAACAAUUUAAAUCUUAAGGCCACAGAACUGAGGCUUGGUCUUCCUGGAUCUCAAUCCCCUGAACGUGAUCCAGACUUCUCCCCACUUAGCUCAGUGAAGCUUGAUGAGAAGCAGUUGUUUCCAUUGGUUCCUUCUAAGGAUGGAAUCUGUUUACUAUCACCAAAGACCGUUGUUUCUGGAAACAAAAGAGGCUUUGCAGACACUGUGGAUGGAUUUUUGGAAUCCAAAAGCACCAUCUUUACUGAAGGAAAUUGGAUUUUUAAUGCUGCAGGUUCUGAUACGGGAUCAAAAUUAGCUGGUAAUAUGCUUUCCCACAGGUCAUCUGGGACUCAGUCGACCAUUAAAACAGAUGUGCCAGCAAAAGCAUCACAAGAAUGUGACAACAAGAUAAAUGGUUCUAACACCAAUAGUGCACCUGCUGCCAAAGCACAGGUUGUUGGUUGGCCUCCCAUCAGAUCUUUUAGGAAAAAUACCUUGGCGUCGACCUCAAAGAACAAUGAUGAAGUUGAUGGUAAACCAGGUCCAGGCACCCUUUUUGUCAAGGUCAGCAUGGAUGGUGCUCCUUAUCUGAGGAAGGUGGAUUUAAAAACGUACUCCACAUAUCAAGAACUUUCUUCUGCCCUUGAGAAAAUGUUCAGCUGUUUCAUCAUAGGUCAAUGUGGAUCCGAGGGAGCUCCGAGCAGGGAAACGCUGAGUGAGAGUAAGUUGAAGGAUCUUAUUCAUGGAUCAGAAUAUGUGCUGACGUAUGAGGAUAAGGAUGGGGACUGGAUGCUUGUUGGAGAUGUCCCAUGGGAGAUGUUCAUUGCCUCGUGCAAGAGGCUCAAAAUUAUGAAAGGUUCUGAUGCUAUUGGAUUAGCUCCGAGGGCUGUUGAGAAAUCAAAGGUCCGGAACUAGCUCUAAAUGAGAACCGUCUCUUUCAUAUGACGAUGGACAGAAAAGCAGAUGAAUAUAUAGCGCUUGACUCAUCAGAGUGGCUUGUUGUCAAAGAUCACGUUUUCGGUGUUAUCUCACUGUUCUUUGCGUGAAAUCUGUGUCUACAUCUUUACUUUAUCCGAAUCUCCCCUAUUUUUAGUUGGCACAAUAGUUAUACUAAAUAUUUGCCAAGUUCUUCAUACUUCUCUAUUGGGAUGAAACUUAAAAACUUUGUAUUGAUGAAUGUGUGUGAUCUAAUACUUGUUAGAUAUGUUUCCAACUACUGUUUGGAUCGGCUGCACUGUGAUUGUGUAUUGCUUUUGUUAUAGAAAGUUAAUAUUUCCAGUUGAAGCUGGAUCUAUCUGACACUGAUUCAACAA